UUCAAACUCCGCCAGUGUGUUCAAUAACUGGAAAUUAUAGAAAACAAUACGAUUACCUUAAAAUUACAAUUCACGGAAUACAUUUGUGUACAAUUAAUGAGUAUCAUAGAUACAUUCACGGUCGAAAUAAACGCAUAACGGAGAACAUUAUACGCCAACUACUGAUGUUGGACAUUUUGAAAUGUGUGCGUUCAUUUUAAUCAUCUUCUCGCGUUGUAAUCAGUAGUAAGAGAUACCGUUUUAUCGGAUCCGCAGUUUGCAUGUAAUCUUUGUGGAAAGCUAACUGAUUGUGUGCCAGUGUAUGGAACUUACAAUACUAUAUACAACAUGAACGGGCUACAUAUCGAACACCUAACCAGCAUCGUGCAAAACGAAAUAAGCUCUCUGAAACAGUUAUAUCAACAGAAACAAUACGAUAAAAGUCUAGACAAACUCAGCAGUCUUGGGAUAAAGUAUCCAAAAUUCAGAGAUCACCCUUUACACAAUGGACAUAUGUGGCUGGAGAGCAAACGUAUUGAUGAUGGAGCAGAAGGACUAUGGAGGAUUCAUGAUCAGUUGUACGACUUCAGUGAUUUUGUUCAUGAUCAUCCUGGAGGUAAAGACUGGUUAAGGCUAACAAAGGGAACAGAUAUAACGGAAGCUUUCGAAUCUCAUCAUAUAUCUGCAGUACCUUCCACUUUGCUUCCACAGUAUCUAGUCAGAGAUGCAAAAGUGCCAAGAAACUCACCUUUUACUUUCAACGAAAACGGAUUUUAUAACUUGUUGAAAAGAAAAAUUUACGAGAAAUUAAAAACGCUGCCAAAAACUUCAUCGGAUAGAUCAAAACAUAUAACUGAUUUCUUAUUAAUCUCUUAUAUAGUUUUCUCUUAUAUAGGCUUCGCAAUUCUUGCGGCAUAUUUCAGAAGUUUUGCAAUCGGUGGAGUCGCAGGAAUAGUUUUGGCCUUAACAGCAAUAGCAGCACACAAUUUUUUCCAUCAAAGAGAUAACUUCAGGAUGUAUUAUUUUGAUUUCACAAUGAUGCGGCAUAAAGAAUGGAGAAUAAGUCACGCCUUGAGUCAUCACUUAUACACAAAUACAGUGUAUGAUCUAGAAAUUAGUGCUUUGGAGCCAUUUCUGCAAUAUUUGCCGACAGAAAAGAGCUUGAUCUUUAGAUUUGCGUCAUGGAUAUAUUCACCUAUAGUAUACGCCUUUGUGUAUAUAGCCUUUUAUCUGAAAGCAAUUAUACAAUCAUUGAUAUUAGGUGAAAAAAUACCAUUGAGUCUGCUUCUGCCUUUCACGGUUUUGGGAGCUAUGAUUGCUUUCACCAACGAAUCUGUGAUAUUUUGUACAAUUAUGUUUUUCUGGAUCAUCAUAACAAGCAGCAUCUAUUUUGGAAUAGUCGGGGUUAAUGCUGCACAUCAUCACCCGGAUAUAUUCCAUGACGGAGAUACUCCCAGGCCUAAAGACCAAAUGGACUGGGGAAUAUUCCAGAUAGAUGCUGUACGCGACAGAAAAGACAUCAACAGUUCAUACUUUUUAGUACUCACGAAUUUUGGCGAUCACACUCUGCAUCAUCUGUUCCCGACGAUCGACCAUGGUUAUCUACAAUAUUUGUAUCCAGAAUUUUUCGAGACUUGUCAAGAAUUUGGUAUACGGUAUGAAACUACUACGCAACUGGAGCUUGUCAAAGGACAAUACAGGCAACUGGCGAAACAUAAACCAAACCCUUUUCCUCCUGGUCAUAUACAACCUACAUAGGAAUUGUUUUUAGAAGUUUAAUAAAUGAAUGAUUUUGUUUACAUUCCUUUCAAA